GAAUGGAGGGUGAGACUCGAGAGGAACCUGUUAAAGACCUCAAUGAACUACAAAAUGCGGACUGGGCACGGUUCUGGGUGCAGGUGAUGCGAGAUCUACGACAUGGUGUGAAGUUGAAGAAGGUUCAGGAACGCCAGUACAACCCGCUUCCCAUUGAAUACCAGCUAACGCCAUAUGAAAUGCUGAUGGACGACAUCCGCUCCAAACGUUACAAGCUGCGAAAAGUCAUGGUGAAUGGAGACAUCCCUCCGAGGUUAAAGAAGAGCGCACAUGAAAUUAUUCUGGAAUUCAUCAGGUCACGACCUCCUCUCAACCCUGUUUCAGCCCGUAAACUGAAACCCCACCCUCCAAGACCACGGAGCCUCCACGAGCGACUGCUGGAAGACAUCAAAGCUGAAAGGAAGCUCAGGCCGGUCUCACCGGACAUGAUCCGCAGAAGCCGCCUUGUCAUGCGACCUCUUAGCAUGUCUUACAGUUUUGACUCAUCAGACACUCCUGAUGCACCCAGGAAGUUGGCCGGCAGCACCCAUUCUCUGGCCAGUGGCACCACUGGACCCAGUCAAGGUGGAGUGCAGCCUCUCAGUCAGAGGAAGAGACUGCUCAGGGCGCCCACGCUGGCUGAGCUGGACAGCUCCGAAUCUGAUGAGGAGCCCACGCGAAGCAGCUCCAGCAUGUCCACAUCUUUGUUGGAGGACACGUCACCUGAGUCCAUCAUAGGGAAGAAGGCUCCUCCAAAGUUCCUUCCUGUUUCUGCCACCCCGCAGCCAGACAAGCGUCAGUCUCCACAGAGGCGGCACUCUAUCGAAAAGGAGGCCCCCACCUGUGUCCGUCCCUUUGUCCCUCCAUCCAGACAGACCUCCAAGUCUUUGGAGGAGUUCUGCUACCCGGUGGAGUGUCUGGCUCUGACGGUGGAGGAGGUGAUGCACAUCAGACAGGUUCUGGUCAAGGCCGAGCUGGAGAAGUUUCAGCAGUACAAAGACAUCUACAACGCCCUCAAGAAAGGAAAGCUUUGCUUUUCGUGUCGGACCAAGAGGUUCUCCCUCUUUACCUGGUCCUACACCUGCCAGUUCUGCAAAAGGCCUGUGUGUUCCCAGUGCUCUAAAAAGAUGCGGCUGCCGUCUAAACCUUACUCCACCUUGCCCAUCUAUUCUCUGGGCCCCAGUGCAAUGGCUAAAGAAGAGGCAAGUGGAGCGUCCGCCCCUGCAGAGCCUGAAAAGAACCCGUUUGGGUCUGGACACAGCCGUCACAGCCUACGUCGAAGCGUUUAUAAGUUUUCCAAGCAUGGCAGCAGUAGCAGCAAAGAUGGCCGGUCACAGGACGAGCCAGAGCUCCCCAAGGAGCUGACGGAGGACUGGGUCACCAUGGAGGUGUGUGUAGACUGCAAAAAGUUCAUCACGGAGAUCAUCUCCUCCAGCAAGCGCAGCCUGUGCGUGGCUACCAAGCGUGCCCGCCUCAAUCGCAAAACCCAAUCCUUCUACAUGUCGUCUUCUAACUCGGUCAACUUCCGGCCCUCAGAGCGCACCAUCAAUGAGGUGUAGAAAGUAGGACCGCCCUGUGCACUUUUGUUCGAGCUGAGUUUAUUUGAUUAAAUGGAUUUAAAAAAAUCCCUUCUUAGUCUGAUUUUGACCUGGACUGGUUCACUGCUGUUGAUGUAAAUGGUUAUUUUCAAAAAAAAAAAAAAAUCAGAAGUGACCAUGAAGCCAGCCCAUCCCUACCCCAAAGGUAGUUAAGGUUCUUACACCUUACCCUCCCCUCUCAGGAAACAUUGACGCACUAUGAUUGGUUGUGACUAGUCAGGGCUCUGCAGUAGCUGCCUGAUAACAAAAGAGAGCCAUGCUUGUAUCAGUGGCAGUGAUUGUUGGUUGAUAAAUGGACACAUCGAGCUGCUGAUGUGAACCUGGUAAGAGAAUGUAUAUUUGACAUAAUAGCGGGAUCAGAUAAUACAGAAAGCCAAAAGUUCCAGUGAAUUUGUGUAAAUAGUAUCAAGGCCCAAACCCUAAUCUUAGCUACCAAUAAAUUUUCCAGUUCCUGUUUACUAUGCGCACUCAGGAAGAACAACCGAUUGUCUUUUUGACAGAAAUGCACUGUAGAUCCUCCUGUCAGGUCUGCUGGGUUAGAUCUCAGCCACUCCCCUGCCCUUACUUUAUUCUUCCAGCAACAAUUAUGCCAAAUGUUACACCAUUCUUUCUUCUUCUUUUUUUUAGCCAGUUUAAAUGCAUAUUUACUAUUAUCACAUAACACUUUAUUUUUCUGGGUGGGGUUUAACUUUUAGUUAUUAUGUAUAUUCAAUUCUGUGCCUGGUGCCAAAAUGUUUUUUUUUUUCUUUUUCUUUAAAUGCCUUUAUAGUUGCGGACCUAUUGUACAUAUGUGUGAUAAACUCAAUGGGGGACAUUUUAGGGUAAUCCAAGAUUUGGUUUCUUGCCCUUCCAUGUUCCAAGCUGGGCAAUAGAAGCACAGAAAUGUGGGUAAUGAAUGUGUACAUGCUGUAUAUCCUAAUUGUUCCAAAUUUAAAUUUAAUAUAAAAAAAACUUAACGAAGUAGAAGUAUAAUUUUACCAUGUUUUAUGAUUUCUGCCUCUAGAGUUUCUUUAUUUGAAAUUCUUCUAUGAGACCUUUAUUAUUAGUGUUAUUAUGUUUGUGUCAAUAUAAUAGUAAGAUUUUAUUUCUAUUGUAUAGUUUAUAAACUCCUCAGUGUUAAGAUAUUCCUCUAAAUUGCAAAUAGCACUUUCAUUGGACCAAUUUAUUGUUUAUGUUGGGUUUUUGUCUUAAUUAAUAAUAAUUAUUAAAAUCUUAGUUUAUCACCUCUUGGGGGGGUCCAUAGUGCCAUUACCCAGGGUUCCUCAUGAAUGAAAAUGUGUAUGAAUGGUUGCUGGUUGUUUGUAAGGAAGAAUAAUGGCUAAAACAAAACACUCCCCUGAAUUGAAUGUAGGCAUUUUUUAAGUGUGUAACUGUCAUUGAAUAUGCUUUAUGAACAUAUUAUCCCUUUCAACACUCAUAUACACAUAUACAUACAAACAUCUUAUGUUCAUACAGUGUGUUUUGUGACAGAUAUUACCAAAUGAACACAAAGCCUAACCAGCCAUGCUCCAACAACAUCUGACCAGUUUUAUUUUAGACCUCUGUAAGGAAUGUGUGCAUGCUGUACUGUGAUCUAUUUGUUUUUAUCAAAGAAAUUAUAAUAAAAUCAUCAUGAUUCUUA